AGCAGUGUAAAAUCGCCACCGCUCCACCCGAUGUGCCAUUCGCGGCAUUGUCAACGAAAUCGUUUUGGUUAAAAAUUAGAUGCGGUAGCCAAAGCAGCUGUAACCGGGUGUAGAUAGAAUUUCUCCUUUACCCGAAAACACGAGGAACUGAUCGUUUAGUUGCUGACCUGCCGUUAACGUGAUCCCCAUCCUUCGAUCUCACGAAACGCCCAGGACCGGGCCCUAUCAUGGCGUCAACAAGGCAAUUUGUUGUUCCUCUUCUCAUCUUCACCUUGUUAUUAUGUGAUACGGUGUUUGCUGUGGGACCGGCCGGCGGGUCGGGACACAAAGCCCUCCCGCCCGUCCUCAAAGCCGGCAGCGCCAAGGACACCAAGACGGCGGUGAAGGCGGUGGAGAGUGUGAAGAGCGCGCCCGCGGCGGUGAAGCAGGCGACGGCGGCCAGCAGCACGGUGGCCUGCACGCCCAACAUCUGGCCGGCCAUCGGGAAGAACGGGCAGUGCGCCGCCACCAGCGCCCUCGACACGCAGUGCUCCAUGCUGGAGGCCGCCGUGUCCGAUGACUGCACCAACUUCGACGGCAACUGGUGCUGCUACACACCGGCAUUAGGCGGCGCCCCCGCUACCAGCGCCCCGAUGGCGGCGGCCACGACGACCACCGUUGGAACUGCCACCACGACGGGCCGCCUCACCGGCACCAGCCAGGCUUCCAGCUCCACUACCACGUCCGCCCGCACGGGCAUCACCGCCACCACCUACAAGUACAACACCAACAGCAACAGCAAUAACAUGAACACAAACAGCAACGUAUACAACAAUAAUAACAACAACAUGAACAAUUAUAACGGCAACAGCAACAACAUGAACACCAACAGCGGCGCAUACAAUAAUAACAACAGCAACAACUACAACGGCAACAGCAACAAUAUGAACACCAGUAACAACAGCAACUCGUACAGCGGUAAUUACAACACCAACAGCAACAACACUAACAACAACAGCAGCAGUAAUUAUAAUAAUAACAGCAACAAUUACAACGGCAACAGCAACAACCGCAACGCCAACCGCGGCAAUAUGAAUCAGAACAUGCGCGGCCGACCAAUGCCCAUGGGCGGUAAUCGCAUGCGCAACCGCGGACUAGACGAUCAAGCCUAACACAUCGCCACCAUACGAGACGUAAUUGUCCUGCCUCGCGUCGCUCUUACCAAAUUCCUAGUGUUUCUAGUUUUCAAUAAUUACUUUACCAUAAUUAUUCUAUGGAUGCCAGAUUUUCGAAGCAUACGUUGUAUGUACGCAAUACUGUUGAUUUUUACAGCCUGGUGCUUGUACACGGAAUUAUGUAUCUACGUAUAUGUACAGAUUUCAAACAUACUGUAACAAUACUUAAUUACUGUAUGUAAUUUAUAAACAAGGAUUUUAA